ACACUUGUUUUUAAAGGAUUCAAUCGAUUUAUGAAUGAUGUGAAAAUGAUGUUAGGAAAACGUGCAGCAGAAUAUUAUUUAUUUUUAACAUGGUGUAUCCUGUCUCCAAUUAUUAUGUUGGUAAUAACAUUCUCAAAUUUGUUGACUUCUAAACAAAUGUCGAAUGGUGCUGGUGCUGGCUAUGAAGCUUAUGUUUAUCCCGGCUGGAGUACCAUCGUUGGAUGGUGCAUAUUUGUUGCUUGUAUAAUACCUAUCCCAUUGCUUUUUAUUAUCAAUUAUAUUCAAGAAUAUUUUUCACUUCGUCGAAAAGAAAUCAUACGAUCAACUGGUCCUUCAACCGAUAAUGGCUCUCCAGAUGAUAACAACUAUCCUGAAAAACCUCGAUAUAUAGAAGCAUUUACUCAAAAUAAUGCACCUCGAUACGAUUGGGGACCGAAGAAAAGUAUAAACCACAUUGGUUUAUAUGCUUAUUUGAAAACAGUAGAAUCAAAAGACGCCAUUGUUCUUGAUCGAAUAACGAAUGUAUCAAACGAUGGAUAUUCCAAUCGAAGUUAUCAAGAGGAUUGUAUUUCGAAUAAGAAUGCUCCGCAAACACCAAUAGAAAGACAUUAA